UUCUCCGCGCUCGGUUGUUCGUGACUGGGAUCGCAUUCUCGGCAUUCGGCUGCCCGGGCCUCGGUUGCUAUGGUGACGGGCCGGGUUUUCCAGGCCGCAGUAUGUCUACGGCGUCCAAGGUGGCCCUCGGCGUUUCCGUGGUGCUGACAGCGGGGACGGUGGCCGGGGUUCACCUCAAGCAAAAGCUGGAGAGGGAGAGAUUGCGAGAAGGGGUUUACAGGGAUCUUGAACGACAGCAACGCAAGAAAGAAAACAUUCGGAUACUAGAAGAACAGAUUAGUCUGACAAAGAAGCUGGAAGCUGAUCGACUCAAGCAAAGUCCCUUGGCUUCUGGAAGUUCCCAACAAACCAGAAUGAAAUAGCCUGUUUUAUUCUCUAAUGUGAAUUGUCUUAAUUGAUGAUGGAUAUUUUCCUUUAUGGUGGGAAAAACACAGAAUUAAUUAAUAACAAAACUGCUUCUUAGCUAUUAGAUGAAUCUACCCUUUUAAGCUUUUCUGUGC